AAUGAAAUAAAUGUGCGCAAAGUGAGUGAUCAGAAAGCGGGGGGAGUGUGAAGGAGUCAGUGACAGCACAGAUCGCUGCAGCGCUUGCGCCGAUCAAAUGAAACACUCCUCUUUCAGGAAGACUGGUCCAAAGAAACGACUGUGCGCAAGAGCAGGAGGACGUUCGACCACAACUGAAAUAAUGUGGGCUGAAAAAGUGGGGAAACAGUUGGGCCACCCGACGCGAUCCGUGGCAGGGUGGCUGAUCAGCAGACUGCUCACCGCUCGCAACCAGGUCCUUGAGGAGAGCGCUGUUCAGCUGUGUGGGAUCCAACCGGGAGAUACAGUGCUGGAGCUGGGUCAUGGUCCGGGUCUGGGUCUGCAGUCUGCAGCCAAACUGCUCACAAAGCCAACAGGCCGCCUCAUAGGGGUGGAUUACUCAGAGUACAUGCAUCAGAUGGCAAAAGAGCAAAUGAAGGAGCUUGUGGCCAGUGGGAAAGUGACGCUACACCACUGUGAUGUAGCAGCAAUGCCACUGGCAGACAGCACUGUGGAUAAAGUCUUUCAUUGUAACUGCUACUACUUCUGGCCUGACCUCAGGAAGGGAACCUCAGAGAUACACCGGGUCAUGAAACCAGGAGGAGUGAUGGUGACCACACUGAGGCUUCACCAUGUGGCUACUCUGGCAGCAAAGCGAGUGAUGCCGGGAGAGAACUGGCGUCCAGAGGCCUAUAUGGCAGCUCUGAGGGACUCUGGCUUCACUGGUGUCAGAAUAGAAGACAAACAGCACAAACACAUUACUUUUCAGGCUAUUUAUGCCACUGCCUCUAAGUGAGAUUGUGCGUAGUUUGCGCUACUCCUGUGAUUGUGAGGUCUUUGAUUGCAUUGGGUGCCUUUUGAGGAUAAACAAAGUGUGAAUUAUAAUGAUAAACAAAUACACAAUCAACACUUUUUAUGUUGAUAUCUCUGACAUUUGAGUCUCUAUCAGCUGCACCAAGCUGCAUCACUUAAAUACCACACUGUUAAGAGCUGUGUGAUAUGGCUGAAACAUCACAAUUUUCAACAAGCAUAUUUUCUUUUCAUUAUCGAUUGAAAAUAUAUACAAACUUGAUAUUCAAGCCAUUGUUUGAGGUAAUUCUGAUGUACAAUUAUUAACCAAAAGGUUGCCAAAUUUUCAGUUUAGUGUGAAACAAAAAAAACAAACGGUUGAUGAGAAAUUGUCUUCAGCUUACUUCAGUUCUUUGGAGAACAGAAGUUAGUAGAAAAUAGUAUUAUCAGAUCAGAAUAUGACAGUAAAUAUUUGUAAAUGGUUCCACCAUUGUUAUAUUUUGUUUAGCAAGUUGUAAUUUACUGGAACAUCUGCAGCAAAACUUAUCUAAUCCAGGUGAACCUUUUUGACUUUAUUCAUGUCCAAGUAAACUUUCGUGCCAAUUUUGUUAAUAGUCCUACAAAUGGUAUGAUACAUGUGCAACAAAAACACUGCAAAAUGUUAAAAUAUAAAAGAAUAAAAAUAAUGAAUUAAACUAGAUAAA